AGCAGGUUCUGUGAGCCGGUGCGGAUUUCUCUCAGCUGUCAGACGCAACCUGACCUUCAGUCCCACUCUAUUAUAGGAUAUUAAUAUAUAUUCAUUGUUCCUAAACUAGGCCAGUGUAUCCCAGUGACAUUCACCUUCAACUAUCCGACCUCUCAGCCGCACGAAGAUAAGUCCGGGCAAGUUCCGAGGCGAUACAGACUCCUAUAACUUGACAGUCUCCUCUGAGCACUUCCUGCUGCUGCUGGUUAUACUGCUCCCGACAUUCUCUCCCCGGCACCUACACGAGGCUGAAUGAGAACAUGGAUCAAGGUGGAAUCAUCGGACCCGAAACCCGGCCGAGCCCCUGGGGUGUUGCUGCAAAGCCUGCAGUCCAGUGUUCCUUGGUAGAGGUGAUGAGUGAGGAGCUGGCCAGAAAACUCCAACUGGAAGAAGAGAGCCAUGUGUUCACAGAGGAGGUUCUUAGUGAAGACGGUCCUUUCCUAAAUGCUGAUAACAUUGACACAUCAAGCGAUGAAGUCUUGGCUCAGAUGCUGCAGAUGCAGUUUGACAAGGAAUAUGAUGCCCAGCUUCUCAGAGAAGAGAAAAAGUUUAAUGGAGAUAGCAAAGUAUCUAUAUCGUUUGAGAACUAUCGGAAGGUUCAUCCCAGUGAAGAAAAUGACAGCUCAGAGGAUGAAGUGGAUUGGCAAGACACUCGCCAUGAUCCAUACAAAGCAGUUAAACCCACGCCUACCCCUAAAAAAGGCUUUGUUGGCAAGGGGAAAGACAUCACAACUAAACAUGACGAGGUGGUGUGCGGCAGGAAGAACACGGCACGAAUGGAAAAUUUUGCCCCAGAAUUCCAGGUUGGAGAUGGAAUUGUAAUGGACCUGAAGCUGUCCAACCAAGUUUUCAAUGCUUUGAAGCAGCAUUCUAUCUCUGAGCAGCGUAAAAGUGCCAGGCUGCAUGACAAAAAGGAAGUUUCUACUGCUGAAAAAGUAGUGGAUCCAAAAACGAGACUGCUCUUAUAUAAAAUGGUGAACUCUGGUGUGCUGGAAACCAUUAAUGGCUGUGUGAGCACUGGAAAGGAGUCUGUUGUGUUUCAUGCUAGUGGAGGAAGUAUGGAGGAUCAAGAAAUACCUGCUGAAUGUGCCAUCAAGGUCUUCAAAACAACUCUUAAUGAGUUCAAGAACAGAGAUAAAUACAUCAAGGAUGACUACAGAUUCAAAGAUCGUUUUAGUAAACUCAAUCCACGCAAAAUCAUUCGGAUGUGGGCUGAAAAGGAAAUGCACAAUUUGAAAAGAAUACACAAAGCUGGCAUUCCAUGUCCAGAAGUUGUCUUGCUGAAGAAACACGUUCUUGUGAUGUCAUUUAUUGGAAAGGAUCAAAUCCCUGCCCCCACACUGAAGGAAGCCAAGCUUGGAUUGGAAGAGUCAAAGCAGGCAUAUUAUCAGGUUCUUUCCAUGAUGAAGCAGCUCUAUGACCAGUGUAACCUCGUCCAUGCGGAUCUGAGUGAAUACAACAUGAUGUGGCAUGAAGGAAAGGUGUGGCUUAUAGAUGUAAGUCAGUCUGUGGAGCCUACUCACCCCCAUGGCCUGGAAUUUCUGUACAGGGACUGCAGAAAUGUAUCCCAGUUCUUCCAGAAAGCAGGUGUGUCAGAGACUCCUCAUGCAAGGGAGCUUUUCAACAUCGUGACUGGCUUGAAUAUUGCCUCUGAUAAUCAAGUGGACUUCAUGGCUGAGAUUGAAGCCUUGGAGAAGGUGAAUGAAGAUCACGUGCAGAUGCAUGGAAAGAAAGUUUCCCUAUAUCAGGAGGAUGAUGAUGAUGAUGGCCCCCCCCGAAUUUAUGAUAAAUAACCCUGAUGGAAUAUUUGAGCUAAAAAAAGAGGAAAAAAAAGCUUGCUGCAUUCUUAUAACACUGGUGCAGUGGUUAUUCCCCUCCAGCGUAGAUUGGAAGCGCUGAAUCAGAACACAAAAACAGUCCGGCAGGUCACUCUGUAUUCACUCUGAGGUGCCUGACCCCGGCUGGGAUUGUUCUGCUAAUAAGCUGAAAAAAUGAAAUGCCAUCAAUUUUAAA